AUGGAUGUCAUCCUCAUGGAUGUCAUCCACAUUGGAAGCACGUGCGCGGAAGCGAAAGUCCCGCCGCAAAUCCUGGACGAAGGCAGCAGCAGCAGCAAAGUAUCAGUGAGGGAGAACGGGAACGUGGCUCUCACGUGCCGCGCGGAUGGACUGCCCAAGCCCUCCACUAUGUGGAGGCGAGAGGACGGUGAUCCAAUUCGAGUCUCGCCAUCUCGCGAUGAGGCGGAGGUGAAAGGGGAGACGCUGAACCUGACUCGGGUGGGCCGGGGUGCGAUGGGAGCGUACUUGUGCAUCGCGUCCAAUUCCGUCCCGCCGUCCGUCUCCAAGCGCAUCUCCCUCGAAGUCGAAUUUCCGCCGACGAUCCACGUGCCAAAUCAGCUGGUGGGAUCACCCAGAGGCGGCCAAGUGACCCUGGAGUGUUAUACGGAGGCCUACCCCGACUCUAUCAAUUAUUGGGUGAAGGAUAACUUCACGCUGAGUCGGAACGAUAAGUACGUGACGAACGUGACGCAUGUCCAAGGGAACAAGUACAAGAAGUACAUGUACCUCGUGAUUCGGGAUGUGGAGCCUUCGGACUUCAUCUCGUAUCAGUGCGUGGCCAAGAAUUCCCUCGGAGGCACCGAGGGCAACAUCCGACUCAAUGAAAUCGAAAUGCCAUCGACGAAAAAGCCCCAAAUUCGAAUUACCGACUUCGAGAGAAGACGACAGAAGGAAAAGGAGAAGGAGGGCGAGAAGCAGGAGGCAGAGAAGCCGUGGAAGAGCCAUGUGUCAGACGAAACCCACGUGGAAGCGGGUUACGUCGAUCUCGGGAGGGAGGAGUUCACUGCAUACCCUCCCUCGAUCCACGAUGCUCGGCAGGAAGAUCCAGGCAAGUCUUCUCCACAGUUCACCGCUUCUUCUCGAUCUUCUCCACAGUUCCAAUUGUUAUCCCAUAAAUACUGGGGCCUUGGAAACGGAAUGAGGCAAGUCGCGCGGGUGGCGUCUUACACAACCGGUAACUGCUUGGGGAAGCAGAAACAGCAUGAGUGA